GUCAUUUUUUCCAUUCGUGGGUCGACCGUAUCGUGUGUCACAUGACAUCUCCCGUGACCAAAAAUUGUUUAUGAAAUAUUUUGUAAAUAGAAGCGAUGAAAAAGGUGUGAAAGAAUGAGCUUCAAGAUCUCCGACCUGGACAACAGCGUUACCGAGGGCGACAAUGACCUCAUGAGCAUUGUGGAUGAGAAUUCAAUAGGAGCCUCCCAGGACACCCUCAAUGCAGGCGAUGAGAACGCGCAGUACACCUCGAUAAAGAGUGAGAAUGGUUUGGUCACAUACCGACUAGUCCACCUUGGGGAGUCCGAAUCUAAUCUCCAGAGCGCGGCUUCAUCUGCCACAACACCCUCCUCAAACAUGUCUCAGCAGUGUCAAGUUUACGUGAUUGGGAAUCCAUCGAAUUUUCUCCAGGCGCAACGCAAUACCCCAACAAAGUCAGAAGUUGUAGUCUCGCCUGUGAUCCAGCACACAAAGGUACGAAAGAGGGAUGAACGACGAAGAGCCACGCAUAAUGAGGUGGAGAGACGCAGGAGGGAUAAGAUAAACAACUGGAUACUGAAGUUGAGCAAAAUCAUCCCGCCAGAUCCAACAGAAGUGCCACGAAGCGGUUGUGGCAAUCUCGAGGGCCAGUCGAAGGGCGGAAUACUAGCCAAAGCAUGCGAAUACAUUAUGGAACUGAAGGAAGCCACCUCCAGCUUGAAGGACUAUCAGACGGAGCUCAAGAGAUUAGUGGCGGAAAACAAGUCGCUGAGGGAGAAGAAUGAAUCACUGAUUAGAGAUAAUGAAAUGCUGAAAGCACAAGUGAGUGGCGUGAAGAGCGAGGGACGUCCAACAAACUUAUAGCGAAUAUAUUUACAGAGAUGUGGAUGGAAUUUGUUCUGAAAUAUUUUUAUAUCCUGAAGAAAUUUGUAUGAUUAUUUUUUUUAAUCGAUAGCAAGUUAUCCUUAUGUUUUUUAUAUUAUUCAUUUUAUUUAAGAAAGGGAUCUAUCUCUAAGUUCUAACGCUCCCUAAAUAGAUUCUUUUAUAUUCACGAAAUGAGGCAAAUGUUUUGUGUAUAGAUUUAGAGGCGAAAAAGUGUAUCUUGUCCCAAAUAGCCACUUUUUUUUUCAUCGGCAUCACUAUUGCAUGUGGCAUUAUUUUGAAAUAAUCAAUAUUGAGUUUCUGUUGGGGAUUUAUUUUGUGAAAUGAUAACUUAUAAAGAAGUGAAGAAAUGUUUUGGUCGUCCCCUUCUUUUUUUGUGGUUUUGUACAUUUGAUAAGACACCCGCCUUUCUCAAUGGUUUUUUUUUUAUUUGAAUGUGGCAAAAUUAUCUCUUAUUACUGAAUAAAUAGGUUUAUUAAAAUUA